AUCAUAUGUUUAGAAUGACAGAAUUUCUUACCAAGGGGCGGGCUGGUGUUCCUCUUAAUGCUACACUCUUUCUGGUUAACCAGAAGUAAAAAAUAAACAUGGCGAGAAAGAGUUACAUACAGGGCAUCUUAAUGUCCUUCAUUCUAUUUGAUGUUGGUUAUGUAUACAGUGAAAAUAUUGCAACUGGGACAAAUUACACUUUUCGUCCAGCAAUACAAGGAAAAAUUGAAAAUUUUGACUGGAGACACAAUGGGUACUUAGUGGUUGAGUGGGAUCCUGACAACGGGGCUCACUGGUAUCGAUACAGAGAACGAGCACAUAUUAACACUGACACUGCAGACCUCACACUUCAGGUGAAGAAGGAGGACAGUGGUGUAUUUAGAGGUCAAUUCCAGGUGAAAGGAGUUCUACAGUAUUUUGAACGUACGAUUACAGUGAUUGAUGCAGUUUCUGAGCCAAAAGUGACUUGUGAGCAGAAUGACACAGACAUAACACUUCUGUGCUCAGUGGACCCUCCAGUGCCUGUAGAGUUUACCUGGAGAGGACCAGAUGGGUUCUCUCAUGUUGGGAAAAGUGUUCAUAUCACCAGAAAAGAAAGUGAUUCUAUCUAUUACUGCACUGCAAAAAAUGAAGUGAGCCAAAAGACCAUAGAGUUCAAACUUAAGGAGUGUCCUGAAGGCAACAGCCGUACUGAAGGCAAUGGCCUUCCUGUUGCUUUAUCUACUACAGUUUUCUUUAUUAUUGUUCUCAUUUGUGCACUAGCUUUACUCUACUGCAAUUUCUGUAAUGUGAACAAUGAUGAGGAUCUGAUUUCCACUGUAGAAUUUGAUAGCGCAAGUGAAGGUUUUCAGACAUCCAGGUCAUUGUACUACUGAGUCAAUGUGAUUAGCCUCAUUGGGUUAUCUUAAUCAUCUUCAGCAAUAUACUGCCAGUCAGCUUAGCUUACUCACAGACAAUGCAAGCAAAAGUAAACAGCUUUAUAAUGUGUCAAAUAUUCUGUACUUUUAGAAAGAAAGAGCAUAUGGCUGAAAUUAAUGCUUCUCUGCAAAAAAAAAAAAAAGGCAUCACAAUGUGUGCUGGUAACUUGAAUUGUUGCAAUUAAAUACCUGUAAAGCAAAGGUCAUGUAACAUUUUAAGGGAACAGAGAUUUAAAAGCACAGGUAGUUUUUCAAGAAUUGUUAUUUUCAGCUUUGAAUAAGACCUGAUACUGAACAGAACACAAACCUUUUCACAUGUUAUUACUCUGUGCUGGAAAUGAUCACUCUUCAGUGCCACUGAGAUCUAAAUCACACUUCCGUCCUUACAGAGGAACAUUAAUGCUAGUAUAGGCAAACUGUUAGCUAUCAAUCUAAUAGGUUCAUAAUUUUUUGAUGAAUAUGUCACAAUUCUCUGUCACAUUUGACACAAUAAUCCAAAAACAUGAUGUUGAAUUUUCUGGACUGUUUUGAGCUUGAAAGGUGGAUGAUGUUUUAUAGCCUGUGGUUUUACUACACACGAAAACCCCAGCAGAACUGACUUUCAGCGGCUUAUGCUUAUGUAUACCAAAUGUACACAUAGACUGUUUCCUACAUUCUAUACUAAACUUGCAAGACAGUAAAACACAAAUCAUAACAUACUUUCUAACUUACUGCAUCUCAGUCAGUAUAGAUUCAAGUGCUUGAGAAGGGGGCACACAACAUAUUAUUAAAUAUUCACUAACUCUUUAUUUGGAUAAUCCAUUUAGACACUCAACUAGCCAUCUACAGACUAUUAAAAACCUGUCAUUAACCAGCUUAUCACCGAAUUCUCAACAUGUCUACAGUUUAUGGUUGUUAAUAUUUAGUAGAUCUAUAAUGUAUUCUGUCCAGCUUAUGAUUGUUCAUGUUUAGUAUACAUUCACCAUCCACGUUAUUAGGAACACCUGUACACCUGCUCAUUUAUGCAGUUAUCCAAUCAGCCAAACAUGUGGCAGCAGCACAAUGCAUAAAAUCAUGCAGAUACAGGUCAAGAGCUUCAGUUAAUGUCCACAUCAAACAUCAGAAUGGGGGAAAAGUGUGAUCUCUGUGACUUUAACCGUGGCAUGGUUGUUGGUGCCAGAUGGGCUGGUUUUAGUAUUUCAGAAACUGCCGAACUCUUGGGUUUUCAUACACAACAGUCUCUAGAGUUUACACAGAAUGGUGUGAAAAACAAAAAACAUCCUGUGAGCAGAGGAUCUGUAGGCUGAAACACCUCGUUGAUGAGAGAGAUCAGAGGAGAAUGACCAGACUGGUCUGAGCUGACAGAAAGUCUACAGUAACUCAAAUAAAUACUCUUUACAACUGUGGUGAGCAGAAAAGCAUCUCAAAACACACAUCAAACCUUUAGGUGGAUGGGCUACAACAGCAGAAGACAACAUCAGGUUCCAUUCCUGUACGCCAAGAACAAGAAUCUGAGGCUAUAAUGGGCAAAGACUCUCAGAAACUGGACAGCUAAAGACUAGAAAAGGACCAGGUGAUUUUUUUCUGUUCUUCAGUUUCAAUGAGUCUGUGAGUUGGGAAACAUGGAAGGAAGUAGGUGCAGCUAGUGUUGGUGACAUUUUCUGUUCCUAUUUUCUGGCAUAUGUCUUCUUUUUUAGUCUGCAGUACAUCCUAUUAAAAACAUGUUCCUCUGCUGCUUUACAAAAGUGCUAAGUA